AUGGAUAUUGUUCUGGUUUCAGAGCAAUACCAUUCAGCGUCCGGACCAAACUGGUUCUGUGACCCUUCGGGGACAGCGGCAGUUUGGAUUCCGGACCUAGGGUGUGUUUCCGUGAAGGACAGUGGAUCCAGGGAUGGUAUUGUAUGGGUAGUUACCCCUGCGAUCACCUUCGUGUCGUGCUAUUUUACUCCCAACGAGCCUAUCGCCGACUUCCGAAAGAGGGUGAAUGAACUCGAACGAGUCGUUCACAAUCUUAAGGGAGAAAUCGUGAUAGGUGGCGAUUUCAAUGCGAAAUCCAUCGAUUGGGGGAUGGAAUGGACCGACACGCGCGGUACUGAGCUCUUGGACAUGAUGGCAGGUCUCGAUCUUGUCAUUGUGAAUAAGGGAAACACUGCAACUUUCCGCACGGUGGGCACACGUGGGUCAAUAAUUGACCUCACAUUUGCUACUCAACGGAUAGCUGCGGUGAUCUCGGACUGGGCUGUUUUGGAGGAGUUUACGGCUAGCGAUCAUCAAUACAUCUCGUAUACGGUACAUGAUCUACGGGGAAACCCUGCGAUUGUGUCCCAGCGAUCAAUGAAGCGGGUAGGUUGGAGGGUUUCGAAGCUGGAUGAGGGUGCUUUACAAAAGGCAGUCUCAGACAGCGCUGAGGCCUUCUCUCCUAUGUCUGCUGAGACGCGCGAAGAUGUUGAGAUGAUUGUUGACCGUACGAUGAAGGCUAUCGUCUUAGGCUGCGAUGCCUCGACGUUCCGCGAGCUCACGCAGGAAGCCAGCUUACUGGUGGACUGA